AUGAACCUGACAGAGUAUAAUCAGUCUGAUCGCUGUGAGCAUUUCUCCUGUCCAGAGAGAUCUGUAUCUCCUGCAGUUUAUAUCUUACUGUAUGUGUGUUCAGCUGCUUUGGUUCUGUUAACCCUGUGUGGAAAUAUGCUUGUCAUCAUCUCUGUUUUUCAUUUCAAACAGCUUCACACACCAAGCAACAUCCUCUUGCUUUCUCUUGCUGCAUCAGAUUUCCUCAUCUAUGCAUUAGUGGUGCCACCAAUGUUAAUUUGGUGGAUCGAGUGGUGCUGGAUUUUUGGGAGAGGUUUCUGCAUUGUUUUUUUGUUCACUGGCAGUUUCCUUUCUAUGAUAUCUAUUUAUAAUGUCACCUUGAUUGCUGUAGACCGAUAUUUGGCUCUCUCAAACCCUUUUUUCUACACAAACACAAUCUCUGUGAGGAAAAUCUUCAUUCUGGUUUAUUUUAACUGGUGUGUGUGUAUGGUUUAUACAGUGGCAGUUUAUUAUUUUAGCGAAAGCUUCACAAGUUCUGCAAUGUGUCCUGGAACAUGCUUUUUUCUUGAGAAUAGGAUUUGGGCUUUAAUUGACCUUGUAAUAUUGUUUAUAUUUCCAGUUUCUGUCAUAAUCAUAUUGUAUACUCUAGUUUUUGUGAUUGCUAAGAAACAUGCCACUGCUAUCAGAGAGCUUAAUAAUCACACACGGACUAAAACACAGAAAAUCACCUCACACUCAAUGAAAUCUGAGAGAAAAGCAGCUAAAGUCCUCGGCAUUUUGGUGUCUAUAUUUUUGGCCAGUUUGCUUCCAUAUUUUAUUUACACUUUAUUAGGUGAUGUUAUUGAACUAGAGCCAGAAACUUUUAAUUGGCUCAUAUUUUUGUGUUAUCUUAAUUGCACCCUUAAUCCAUUCAUAUAUGCACUGUUUUACCCAUGGUUUAGGAGGUGCAUUAAAUUAAUUAUUUCUCUGCAAAUAUUACAAACAGACUCUUCACUAAUUCAUGUUCUUUCAUGA